UAACGUACAUGCAUAGCGAGCGGGCCAGCAUAGCGAACGGGCCACUAAACCACCACAUGCAUUCUUUACCACGGUCGCAGUCUAAACCACAAUGCCAAAUCAAUUGAAACUAUAUAGAAUCCUCUUCUUCAGAGGUUACUACUACUACCUGACAGGUUCGUGCAUUAUGACCGGCCUCACCGCAAACGCUACAGUGCUGGGCGCGUACUUGAGCCCCCUCCGUACGACGACCACCACGACUUGUUUCCUCCUUCAACUGCUCAUCCACAUUCUUCUGAGUUAUCAGAUCCUCUGCUUCCUGCAUACUAAGUGAUCCUCCUGCCCGUAGACGUACUUUUUUAGCCCUCCGGCGUUUACUAAGUACCUCAUUUGCCGUACGAAGGUCCUUUAGCUCAGCCCGCAUCAACACAAGCUCGUGUGCUCUUCGACAUACCUCUUGCCUGGGCGUCAAUCACGUCGUACAUAUGGGUUGGGGAGCUAUUUUGAUGCCUAGCGAUCUUAUUCUUAAUGGUGGUUGACUGUUGAGUGAUCUCGGACGCUGUCUUAGGGGUCUUUGUAACCCAAGAUUGAGCUGUCCUUGGGCGUGUGUUCAGUGGCUCAGGUGUCAUUGGCUUUGGAUCUAGCUGGGAAAGCACAGCUUCGGGGUUGAGAGGGACAAGACCAGUCGCUCUAAAGCCUGCUCGUACGUUGUUUUCAGUCAUAGCUAUGUUGAAGGCCUCUAAAAAUGCGUCGGAAAAGUCGUCCUUCGUGAUGUGAGUGAUUUGCAUCCGCAUCAUCUUCUCAAUUUGCUUCCCAUACGAAGCCUUGAGCGGGCUAAAACAACUGACAUCAAGAGGCUGGAGGAUAUGAGACGAAUGGGGAGGCAUACAGAGUGGUAGGAUACUAUUAGUCUUGCAGUAGUCGUCGAAUUCGGUAGAGUGGUGGCUUGUAUGGCCGUCGAGGACUAAGAGGCGAUAAACACCUUUCGUACAAGCCUUCAUGCACUGAUCAAAGUGCUUGAUCCAAUCUAAACCAAUCUCAUUUGUAGUCCAGCCGUUGGUACUUGUAUGGAUCCUCCAAUCGCUCAGGAAUCGGCCGUUCUGAUACCAAGAUGUGAGGUGGAAUUUUCCCUUCACAACCACGUACGGAGGUAGUGUCCAGCCAGUCGCGCAUACUCCCUGGAUCACUGUAACAAACUCUCGAUUGCCUGGCUGCUUCGUACGAGGCUGAGAACUUCGUUCGGAGCUUGUAACAACCUUUGCGCUCGAGAGCAUGCCCAUUAGAAACCCAGUCUCGUCAAAGUUAUAGAUAUCCUCCUCUUGGAUGCCAUACUUAGCAAUCAUGUUCUGUACAAGCCGGAACCACGCAUUUACUACGUCCGGAUCUUCGCAUUGGGCCCUCUGGUAAUCGAUUCGACGCCGAAAACGCGUGGUAAGCUCAGGGUUGCGCUUGACAAAGUUCUCUGCCCAUCGUGGUCCAACAUGCGAUGCAUCACGGUCCGUACGGAGGCGAUCGGCCAUUUCUCGAACGUCUUCAAGCCGGGGCUGAAAUCCUCGCGAAUCUAGGUCGAGUAUCCGAUCGACAAGCACCUUCUCUUCUAAAUUGGUCAACUUCCUCGAGUUGGCAGAGAUAUCGCGUCGUGAUUUCCGUCCAGCUUGUCGGCAUUCGAGGGUCGUACGGGCAACUUGGUAGACUUUAGCUGCAGCUCGAAUCGAGAGAUUAGGGUCUCUUUUUAAUGCCUCGAGAGCAAGGACAAUACGGCUUUCGUUUGAAGAACAUUCCAUCUUUGAUGGUUGUGAAAAUUGAUGUUAGAGGUAAGAAGUUGUGAAAAGUGGGUGGAGUGGCCCGUUCACUAUGCUGGCCCGCUCGCUAUGCAUGUACGUUAUAUGCUGCUUUCGCUAGACCAAUAGGUCGGUCGGCCACGACAAAAAAAACCACUAUAUAAACCUCAUACUUUAAGCUACAAUAAGAGACAAAAAGUAGCAUUGGCACUCGAGAUCAGACUCUCGAGUCCAGAAAGCUAAGGGGGUAUAAGAACUACAGCAGAAGUGGAUUGAUUCACUUUGCUAGUUCUACACUUUUCCUCUCCCUUCCCCGCUGUAAAACAAAGAUCAACCCCGUGAUUCUGCCCGGCCAAGUUGCCAACCACCACCCCAUUCACAAUGCCGACACAACCCGCCCGCUGCUGCCGCCUCGUAAAUGGGACAAACCACCCAAUCACGGGACUGCGGCGAUGACGACGAAGAUGACUUGACGAGGACUUGACAAUAGCUCGACUAAGGCUCUUCCAUUGAACGGAACCUAUGCCCGGAGUGGGUGUCUCGGCGAGAGGGUUGGGAGCGGAUUGUCGAAUCACAGCUCUGGAGAUGGCGAUUAGUGAGCUCCCCGAUGCGUCUAUACUUCAGUAUACCACGGUAUACCUUGGGGUAAGAUACCAAGGUAUGGAUACACGGGUAGUCAAGGAGCGCGGCGGGGUCUAGGGUUGGAGACGGAUAUUCACAGUUGUAUAUUGCAUUAUAUAUAUAUCCGAGGACACAUUUGCACCAUCUUUUACACUGUUAUCAACUUCCAUGGUGAAAAAGACAGCCAUCAAGAUGUUGGCUCAGCUACAGGAUGUCGCGCCCACGAGGCUAGCAAUGCUGGUCCUCGGUGGACUGGUGGCAUCGCUUUUUAUCUACGCCCUCCUCGUCUCAUUCUACCGCCUCACAUUCCACCCUCUGGCCUCCUACCCAGGUCCCUUCCUCGCAAAAAUCACAGAUUGGCAUCAAGUAUACAACGCCUACCAUGGAAACCGCCAUCUCUCCCUCUACCUCAUGCACGAGAAAUACGGCCCCUUCGUCCGCUAUGGCCCUAACAGCCUCUCCACCAACACGGCCACUGCCCUCCAUAGCAUCUACGGCUUCCACUCCCCCGUCCAAAAGGGCAAAUUCUACACUGCCUUCCCCGCUAACAAGCACGCCUACAACACGCACAGCAGCAUCGACAAGGCGCAGCACGCGCGCAAGCGCCGCGUUCUCUCUCACGCCUUCUCCGACGGCGCCGUGAAGGCCAUGGAGCGCUAUAUUCUGCAGAACGUGCGCGCCUUCACCGAGGGGCUAGGCGCGAGCUCUGCCACUGUUGGCCAGGAGAGGAAGGGAUGGGGAUUAGGCCAGAAUAUGGCUGAUUGGUGUAAUUAUCUCACCUUCGAUGUUAUGGGGGAUCUCUGUUUUGGAAAGGCGUUUGGCAUGUUAGAGAAGGAGGAUAACCGGUUCGCGAUUGAACUUAUUGGAAAUGCGGCGCAUCGCCAUCUUAUUGUUGGUCCCCCCACUCAUGAGAUAUGAGAUCUCAGUAGCGUUUAGAGCACAACUAACACCCCCCCAGUGCGGCGCCAUGCCCCUCCUCCACGAAUACCACCUCGACCACGUGCUCUUCCCCCACCUCGCCGCCGGCCGCGCACGCUACAUGGCGUACAGCAAAUCGCAAUCCGUCGAGCGCAUGAAGAACCCCGACGUCGACCGCAAAGAUUUCUUCUACUACCUCCUCAAAGCCAAAGACCCCGAAACCGGCGCGGGCUUCGCCCUCCCCGAGCUCUGGGGCGAGUCCAACCUCCUCAUCAUCGCCGGCUCAGACACCACCUCCACCGCUCUCGCAGCUGCAUUCUUCUACCUCGUCCACAACCCCGCCGCUCUCCAGACCGUACAGGCUGAAGUCCGCAAGGCCUUUUCAGAUGAGGAGGAAAUCGUCGCCGGCGCGACUCUCAAUUCCUGCACCUACCUCCGCGCCGUCCUCGAUGAGUCCAUGCGCCUCAGCCCCCCAGUCGGCGGCAUCCUCCCCCGCGAAGUCCUAGGGAGAGGAAUCGACAUCGACGGACACCACAUCCCCGCCGGUGUCGACGUGGGCACCUCCCACUACGCCGUGCACCACAACCCAGCCUACUACCCCUCCCCCUUCACCUUCAAGCCCGAGCGCUGGAUUGCCUCCGGGGAUGUGACAGCCGAAGACGUGACGAAUGCGAAGAGCGCGUUCUGUGCAUUUAGUGUUGGGCCGCGCGCGUGUAUUGGGCGCGCGCUCGCGUAUACGGAGUUGAUGAUUGCGUUGGGGAGGGUGGUGUGGGCUUUUGAGAUGAGGGUUGCGGGUGGGCCGAGGGUGGGGGAGGGAGGGAGGGGGAUGGGGGAGGGGAGAGAGAGGCAGGCGGAGUAUCAGUUGAGGGAUUCGUUUACGAGUUUGAAGGAUGGGCCGAUGGUGGAGUUUAGGCGGCGCUGA